CGCCUGCGCCGCGACCGGAGUGAUGGACUCCGGAGUGAGCUGGACGCUGGGCUUUAGUGUCAGGCUGUUGCUGCUCGGCCUGUGCCAGGUUGGGGCAGAGCAAGGUAUUCUCCAUGCUGUCAGUAAUCUCAGUGGUACCCUAGUGAGGGAGUACUGUGUUUUCUACAAUGGUGAUUGGAUGCCCUUUCCAAAGUCUCUGGAUAAUGCUACUGAGUACCCAUUACAAGAUUUGACAAGUACCAAACUCUGUGACUCGAUAGAUGUGCCCCCAGAAGGCAUAAAGGACAAGCUUGUUGUGGUGAAGAGAGGGAACUGUACCUUCAUAAGGAAGGCACAGAUUGCUCACAAGUAUUUUGCGAAAGCAUUGCUGAUUGCCAGUUUGGCUGGUUUAAGUCCUCCUGCAGGAAACAAGUCUGAUUUUGAGAAGCUGAACAUUCCAGUUGCUCUCAUUGAUUAUCAUGAUGUACUGACGAUGAGAAAGAUACUUGGAGAUCACAUUUCAGGUGCACUGUAUUCCCCUCCUGUGCCUGUCCUGGAUUACAGCAUCCUGAUCAUCUUCGUUAUUGCUGUUGCUACAGUUGCUGUUGGAAGUUACUGGAGUGGGAUGGAGGAACGUGGAAGUGGAAGUUCAACACUGUCUGACUCCAGACCACAGUCAACUGGUGAGGAUAAGACCAAGGACUCCUCUGCGAUGCUGACUCCAUUAACUGUUGUGGUUUUUGUUGUCAUCUGUUCUGUGAUGAUUGUUCUGUUGUACUUCUUUUACAAGUGGCUGGUGUACAUGGUUAUUGGCAUCUUUGCUUUGGCUGCAGCUGUUAGUGUCUAUAAUUGUUUGGCUGCACUAUUGAAAAGAAUCCCUUACUGGAAAUGCAAGGCACUCUGUGUUCAGAGAAGAAUUGAAGUUCGUUUAGUGCUUCUUGCUUUGUUCUGUGUAACAUUGUCUGCAAUUUGGGUAGUGUUUCGGAACGAUGACAGAUGGGUUUGGAUUCUACAUGACUUUCUAGGAGUUGCCUUUUGCCUUAACUUCAUGAAGACCCUGAAAAUGCCUCAUUUUAAGUCUUGUGUCAUUUUGCUGGUGCUGCUCCUCAUCUAUGAUGUGUUCUUUGUUUUCAUCACUCCAUAUUUCACAAAGAAUCAUGAGAGCAUUAUGGUCGAGGUAGCUGCUGGAUCUGGAUCUGCUGGUGGUGAAAAGUUGCCUGUGGUAAUCAGAGUACCAAGAUUGGUGUCAUCUGUUGUGACCUUGUGUGGAAUGUCAUUUUCUAUACUGGGAUUUGGGGAUAUUAUUGUUCCAGGAUUAUUGGUUGCUUAUUGUCGAAGAUUUGAUUUGCAGACUAACACCUCCAACAUCUAUUUUAUUUUGUGCACUAUAGCUUAUGCGGUUGGCAUGAUUUUGACAUUUCUUGUUCUGAUUCUAACAAAAAUGGCUCAGCCAGCCUUGCUCUACUUGGUGCCUUGUACCCUUGUCACUUGUGCAGCGACUGCCUGGAGUCGAAAGGAAAUGAAAACAUUUUGGGCAGGAAGUGAUUAUGAGGUCUUGGACGUCACCAGUGAUACUUUAUUACAAGAUGAUGAACCAAGUUGGUACAACGAGUGAGGAAGCGGUUGAGACUCACUGAGCCAGUGUCUGAAUAUUGCUUAAAAUGAUAGUUGCUUUCUUGUAUUCUAGUUUCCUUUUAGAAAAAUAUUCUAAUACCAGCAUCUGAUAGCUGAUGGCCAAUAGUGUAUCCUGACAAUUUUUCUGAUAUGCAAAAACUUCUACACUUGAACACUUUUUUUUGUUUUGUAACUACUAAUUUGCCAAAGAUUUUUCUUUUAAUUGAAUCUUUGAACUGAUCAUGCACUUUAACUACUUUGGUAAUAUUGCUAGACGUACUUUGUAAUUUCUAAAUCAUAGAGGUUGCAUAAAAUAUUUGGUCACAUCUUUCUGUUGAUGGGUGGCAUGUCCCUGAGAGAAAUCAAGUGCCUUGCAUUAUCACCACCCAGUGAAGAUGUAUCAUGAGACUGGAAAUUUUCCCUUAAAGAAACAGUUUAUUUUAACAACUUCACUCAUAUUUUCUCAAUAUUCUGCACAUUUUGUGGUGGCAGAAAUUCUUCAAUUUUGCCCAAGUUCUUCAGACAGUUUGACCAAAGAAUAUUUUGAAUGCUUGUUUGAAUUGAGGGGUGAUCACAUUAAUGUGAUGCUGUAAUGUAAUGUCUGAUUUAUAGCUAAUUUUGAUUAUUGAAAUGCUUUCUGUGAAACAGGGUGUGUUAAUGUUUAUAAAGGAAUUGUUAUCCUUAACUGUGCACUGCUGCACAUGGUCUGGAAAAACAUGUAACUAUGCAAAAAAUUAGUUUGUUAUUAAAUAAUUUAGAAACAAA